GACAACGAGAACGAGAACGAGAACUAGAACGAGAACAACAACGAGAACGACAAAACAACAUCAUCAUCCACAGCAGCGGCAUCAGCAGGAGCAACAGGAGGUGCAGCUGCUACACCAGCGACAAUAACCACAAAAAAAAUCAAAAAAUACGUAUAAAGAAAACUGACUUGUUAAAUCAUUUACAGCGUACGGAAGUGAAAUGAAAUUUAAAUAAAAGGAUAGUUACCAUUGCUACAAUACAUUGUAUGCAAUACGCGCUUUUUCCUUUCAUAAAAAAAUGCGUUAUGAGAAUAUCAGGUUGUGAUUUCGAGCCAUAAACAAUAUAUUUUAUAAAACAACAAAGGAAUAAGAACGGUAUAAAUAGUUCACAUGAUCUGUUUGUUAAUGCUUAAAUGCGCAGAAAACAAAAGGAAUACAUUGAUUCAAUCAGGGCCCGUUAUAAGUUUCUUUAAAUCAAAAUCAUUUGGUCUAAACAACUUGUGAGUUUUGAAUUCUCAAUAUAUUGUACCAGUAUGUUUAAAAAAGUAAAUUGUUAAAAAAGCUAACUUUUAAAAUUGUGGAUAACAAUUUUUUUUCAAAAAAAAAUAUGUUAUGGUGAUUUGUUCUUAUCACGUCAGUAACUAUAGCCAAACAUAUUUAAUUUUUAAUUCUCAUGUUUAAUUUUACUAACAGAAGAACACACAAGACGUGUAUAUGGCUACACUGUUUGUAAAAAUAGAAGAUUGAAUACAAUUAUAUAUUUCUAGGAGUUUAAAAAUGCUCAUGUUUAAAUUUGGACUGUACAUGUCUUUUAGUUCUAAAUACCAAACUAAAAUUAAUAACAUAUUAAGCUGAAAAUAUCAGAAGAACGAGAAAAAUGAAUCAACCCAAUGAAACGAUUUGCAACUGCAGUAAUGAAAGAAUCUCAGAAAUUGUAGCAGAUGCUCUUAAUAGUAGCGACGCUGGGGACGCUACAUGGAUUCUAACAAGUGCCUUUAUUAUAUUCACCAUGCAAAGUGGCUUUGGAUUGCUUGAAGCUGGUUCUUGUUCUGCUAAAAACGAAAGCAACAUUAUGAUGAAAAACGCCAUUGAUGUUGUUUUUGGUGCAUUGGGAUACUGGAUUUGUGGAUUUGGCUUAAGCUUUGGACAUGGUGAUAACAAUAAUGGAUUUGCUGGAGCAGGUGCGUUUUUGACAGAUUCUACUAAUGAAAACAUGGGACAUUUAUUUGCAAAGUACUUCUUUCAACUUUCGUUCGCGACAACAGCAACUACUAUAGUGUCCGGUGCAAUGGCUGAAAGAACGAACUUCAAAGCAUAUAUGCUGUUUUCAUUUCUCAAUAUGUUUUCGUAUGUCUUUCCUGCACAUUGGAUUUGGGAUAACCAUGGAUUUUUGUAUGAGCUUGGAGCUGUUGAUGUUGCAGGUUGUGGACCUGUUCAUUUGAUAGGUGGAACAGCCGCCCUGGUUGCAACAAUCAUGUUAAAACCAAGACACAAACGAUUUGAUAAGGAUGUAAAGAAUGACUACCAAUGCUCUUCACCAGUUAACAUAAUUCUUGUCCUAUUUAUGUUGUGGUGGGGUUGGCUUGGAUUUAACUGUGGUUCCACCUUUGGUGUAAGUGGAGGAAAGUGGAAGUUAGCGACCAGAGCUGCUGUGGUGACGGUGAAUAGUUCUGUAGGAGGAGGCUUGUUUUCAGUCUUGUACUGUUACGUUCUUACCAAUAAGUUUGAUCGAAAACUUAAUAUUGGAACGUUUUGUAAUGGAGUUUUAGGUGGAUUAGUCUCUAUCACUGCCAUAUGUGCCAUCUGCAGGCCUUGGGAGGCGUUAAUUAUAGGUUUUGUUGGCGGCUCAAUAACGUGUUAUGGAUCUGUGUUUCUGGAGUGGUGUAAAGUCGACGACCCUGUUUCGUGUAUACCCGUGCAUGGUUUUGCAUCUAUUUGGGGACUGAUAUCUGUAGGGCUCUUCGGUGAAAGGGACGAGAUCGAAAAUUUGAAUGGACGUCCAGGAUUAUUUAAAGGGGGCGGGGCGGAGUUACUGGGCUAUCAAAUGUUAGCUGCUGUAUGUUUCUGCGCAUGGGCUGCUGUAACAACAGCAUUAGAGGUAAAAAUUUUUAUUUCCUCUAAAUUUUUGUACAUAUUUAAAAUAAAUUCAACUUCUCCCAAACACGAAAAAAGCGAAUUUUGAAUUACUUCAAGGGUAUGCAUUGUACUCUACUGUACUCCAUUCACAUGGACACAUGUUUUAGAACACGACUAAAAAAUGUUAAAUCCUUUAUGAUUAUUGCGUAAGCAGUCAUUUUUACUCUAAAAUAAAAUUUCUCGAAUUAUUUUACAUUUCCUGAUUUUUAUCACUGGUAUUAAGUUACGUGA